AUGGACAUACAGCAGCUUGGCGCUAAGCUGGACGAGGUGCUUCACCGAUUUGUCACACGCGACGAAGACAACGGAGCAAACGGCGACACCAGUGGCCUGCUCUCAGACGUUCAGAGUCUUAAGCAGGUCGUGGAGGCGGCGGUGGCAGCGGGACAAGAAGGGUGUGGUGCCCUUCCUGUGAAGUCACUCGAAGAGCUGCGCGUGCUUGGAAGCGCGUGCUGGAAUAUGACUGUGAGGCACACCGCCAAACAAGACGAUGUGGAGGAGCAAAAGUUGAGGGCGUCAUUGCGUGACUUUGCCACACGGGCCUUCCUUCUCGGUAACUACGCAUACUCAGCGAAGGAUGUUUCCCAUGGCUACUUUACGCAUCACCCACGCGAAGCUGAGCAAUGUCUUCUUAUGUGUCUUAAAACAUCACGGGACUUGUCGUUGUGUGGUAUGGCCGAUAGUGCAAGAGGGUUACUUGCUGUGGGCGAAGCCGUUGCGUCUCACAUACGUCCUGGUGUGAAGAAGAGUCUCACACAUCUCAAACACCGCAACAUGACCUGGGAGUUGGCGUACACAACUAUGGACGUUAUGUGGAACAUUGGGGAAUAUCAAGCGUCAUGCCAGGCGUCUCAGAGGCUUUCAGAGAUGUUGCUGAAGGAUGACAGCUUGAAGCGCGACCACCGGGAGGCUUUUUUCCGGUUCGUCUUCAGAAUUGGCAACAACAGUUUACCAAUGAAUGCAGAGGAGUAUGUUCGUAACAUGCUCUUACGUUCUAUUGACGUGCAGAAUUACUUCAAAGAGAGUGGAGCAAGUGAUGCACCACAUCACCUAACAAUGCUGCGCGGUGCUACAAUGGAGCAGUUGGCACUUUCGUGCCUCCGCGAGGGAAAUGCAGCAGAGGCAGCACACUGGGCGAAAGAGGCGGAUGCAGCACUGCACACCAGCAGCUCUGCAUUGUUGCGCCUAAAGACAAGUGCUGAGGCCGGCAUGGAGGCAGAGGCUGGUGUGCUACUACACGAGUACGUACAGAGGUCGGAUGUGUCGGCGGACGACGCUGUGGCGGCGUGCUUUGAGCUUCAGAAUCUCUUAGUCAAUGCCAAGGAGAGCUCUAUAGAAGGCAUGCGUCUACUUCUUCAAAGAGUAAAGGGCACUGCAUCCAGAGAAUCUGUUGCAUUUCGACUCGUCCAGCUCUUACUCCGCGAUGGAUGCCUCUCAUCGUGCCAGGCGGCGUUACAGAUCUUACAGAAAGAAUCCAUAGACUUUGAAGAAGCCAAGUACCGCCGCUACUGUUUCAUAUGGUUAUGGGAACUCAGUGACACCGCCGAAUUUACACGGACACAGGCUGUGGAGAGUCUCGAGGUAGCACUACGACUUAAAGACUGCGCCAGUGACAGCGAGAUCGAUGCCGUUCACCUUCGGCUGUGCUCGGAGUACAUCGCUGUGUACGAAGAUGACCAGGAAGUCGGCGCGCUGGAGAACGCGAAGCGAAUUCUUCUGAAGUUUAAGGAGAGGAAGUCACGGUGUCCAUUUUUCCGCUGUCUCCUUUUCAAGGUGGCUGUAUUGGAGUCUAAUGAGGCGGAGCUCGAGCAGGAGCUGCAGUGUUUGUUGACUUGUGAACCCGCUGAAAUGGUGAUGCCUGCGCUUUGUACCGGCAUCAACUACUGCUUGAAGCGUGGCUAUCUUCAUGGGGUUUCUCUCGCCGCUAGACACGCGUUUUUUUCCUCUGCUUCCAUCUCCGACGUUCGCGUGGAGCUCGAGUUGUCGCGGGUGUACGUGGCCUCCGUGUUGAGCAAGGCGUGUAACUGCACGGACGAGCACCUGUGUGCCGUAGCGGAGCGGCUCCAACGCUUGUUAUCAGACAAAUGCGCUGCGGUUUCGCUAACGCACGAGGAGGUGAUGUGGUGGGUGCAAGUCUUCCUUGUGUUGGGAUCCGAGUUUACAGAUGGCCCGGGGCCCACGAGUGUCUUGCUGUUUCGUGUGGCAACGCUCAUUGCACUGCAGGAUCCUGUCCCGAGCGAUGGUCCGUCGCACUCGCUGCUUUUGGCAGGCCUGCUGUGCAGCAUGGAGGACGAAUUUCAGCUUUUCGCCGCGGGUCGCCCGCAGAUGGACCCUCAUGAUCUGGACGAGCGGCUUCGCCUGUGCAGGGAGGUCCUUUCAACGACGCCUGACGUGGAGUGUCGUGUGACACUCCUUUUGGCAGAGGCGGAGUACCACCUUCGUAGUCCCUCACCUGAGACACCGAAGCGAAUAGAGGCGAUUUUGGAGGAACUCUCCGGCGUACCGGCGGCCUUCGAAGACUACGAGGAUUUGGCAGACGGUGCCGCUUUUGUAGCCUCUCAGUGUGAAGUGGGACAUCCACCACUCCACGAAGUCGCCAUGAAGCUUAACAUGUGGGCUGCGGUGGCGGUGAUGGACGCCGUCUCUUCAUUCUCCUCCUCGUCGGAGCUUGGCGGUGAGGGAGAUAGAAGUUGCGCGGACUACAUUACAGAUGUCCUGUCAUGUCUCUAUAAAUCUUUUACACUCGCCUCUGAUCGAACAGAAGAAUUGGUCGUGGUGCAGCGGCUUCUGGAGUGGCUCUCAUCUAGCAUUGGAAGCUUUACAGUUGCCUGUUUUUUUAAGCGCUCUCAUGUGGAUGGCGUGCGGACGGUUGCAAGUCACUCCAUGGCCUUUGCAGUGCUCUUUCUCGAGUACUUCGCUGUAGAGGCAUGGAACAACUCCGUCUUCUACCUUCACCUCACCGAUACGGCAAAGCAGACUGAGUGGGCGCGCACUGCCUGGAACUUGGUUGAUACUCUGCCCGAGACGAGCAAUGUCGCUUCUGCUUUGCUUGCAUUAAAGGUUCUCAGAUCGUUUUAG